CAUGCACCCAUUUCUCAAAUCCUAAAUCUCAUUUCCAUGGCUUCACCAACAACAACACUAAGUCGUAGAAGAACACAAGCUCCAAUUCCAGCUCCCAACUUCGACGACGUCGUUUGCCAAAAAUGUAACUCCGGAAAAUCCCCAUCCAAGUUGCUUCUCUGCGACAAAUGCGAUAAUGGCUACCAUAUCUUCUGCCUCACACCCAUUCUCCCUUCCGUUCCCAAAUCCUCUUGGUUUUGUCCCUCUUGCUCUCACAAUCCCCAAAACCCCAAAUCUUUUCCUCUUGUACAGACGAAAAUUAUUGAUUUUUUCAAAAUCCAACGAACAUUUGAGGUGGCUCAGAUUCCGAAUCAAGAUGCUAAGAAGAAGAGAAAGAGGGGGAGUAGUUUGGUGGUUUCAAAAAAGAAAAGGAGGUUGCUGGCGUUUGUUCCGAGUGAUGAUUCUCAGAGGAGAUUAGAACAGAUGGCGUCGUUGGCAACGGCGUUGACUGCGACUAAAACGGAGUUCCGUAAUAAGCUUGUCUAUAUGGCUGGAAUGGCACCAAGGCGUGCUAAUGAUCCUGCUCUUGAACGUGGAGGAAUGCAGGUAUUAUCAAAAGAAGACACAGAGACACUAAACAUGUGCAGAACUAUGAUGGAAAGGGGAGAAUGUCCGCCCCUCAUGGUUGUUUAUGAUCCUCUGGAAGGGUUCACUGUAGAAGCUGAUAAAUCCAUAAAAGAUUUGACAAUAAUAACAGAAUACGUUGGAGAUGUAGACUAUUUAAAGAAUCGGGAAUAUGAUGAUGGGGAUAGCAUUAUGACACUUCUUACUGCUUCUAAUCCUUCACAAUCGCUGGUCAUCUGCCCAGAUAAACGUAGCAACAUAGCACGCUUCAUUAAUGGAAUCAACAAUCACACACCUGAAGGUAAAAAGAAGCAGAACUUGAAAUGCGUGAGAUUUAAUGUUGAUGGUGAAUGUCGGGUUCUUUUAAUUGCCAAUAGAGAUAUAGCAAAGGGGGAAAGGUUGUACUACGACUACAAUGGAUUAGAACAUGAAUAUCCAACUGAACAUUUUGUCUAAUUGUGUAGAGCCUGUCAAGGAUCCAGAGCUUAUUGUAACUUUGUAAGGAAAUAACAUUAACAGGGAAUUGUUAAAUGUUAACCCGAUUUUUUUUCAUCUCUUAAUCUAUUAGUUGAUUCAACUUGUACCUUUGGCAUUGACAGCUAGGAAGAAAUUAAACUUCAAAAAGGUUGUUUUGUUUUGAUACUUCUGGUUUAUGUCUUCUAUGAACAAAUGAAUAUUUAUAAAUGUUGGGCAGGUUACCCUUUGCAUUGACA